GUCUUCUUUCCCGAAUAAAUCAUUUAAUAAUGGCGCGUGAUUCGCCCCAUCCAUUUCGACCUUUCAAGUUUUUGGAAGAUUCCAUGACUUCCUGCCAUAAUAUGUUCGCAAAUAAUUAUAAUUUACCUCCUGGUGUCGCGGAAGACAAAUUAGAUUAUUUGAAUGAAUUGAUAUCUAAAUUAGGCGGCUGGCCGGCUGUCGAAGGUGACAAAUGGAAUGAGACUAAUUUCGAUUGGAUUGAUUUCACACUUAAAGCGUCUGAAAUUGGUGUCAGUCAUGAGGUUUUUCUGAGACGGGGUCUAGAAGAUCACCAAAAUUUUACCAAAUUUUUAGUCUUGAAUCCGCCAAUGAACUCAUUUUUUUACGACCACCUUGCUAUACCUGCUUUUGGUUCUGGGGAUUCCGCAUACUUUGAUUUUAUGCGCAAGGUUGCUCAAUUUUUGGGAGGUAAUAAGACACUAACUGCAAAUGAAUUCACAGAGUCAGUGGCAUUUGAAUUAGAAAUUAGCAAAGUAGCCAGAGGAAGUUUUACACAUUCAUUAACUGAUGGAAAUAAAACUUACGGAAUGUCUGUAAAAGAAAUGUCAGAAAAAUGGCCAAGAAUCGAUUGGAUCAAAUUUUUGAACUUCCCAAAGGCGUCGCGACUUUAUAUUACAAAUGAUUCGAUAAUUUUCAUUAAAAAUCACGACUAUGUUACGAGAUUAGAAGAAUUAAUUACAGAAACUCCCAAAAGAGUGCAAGCGAAUUACGCAGUGUGGAAGACAGUUCAAAGUGUGAUUCCCUUUGUCCACUCUACGUCUCUAAUUCGGUUAUGGAAAAUUUAUAACAAACGACUAACCAUGCCGGAUACCGCAACGCCUUGGUGUUUCCUACAAUUACAACUGCCUGUUCCAGAACUGAUGUUGUCUUAUUAUGUCCAUCAUCACCCACUUGACAGUAAAGUGAAGAGUCAAAUUGAUUUGAUGAUUUUGGAUGUUAAACAAACAUUAAUAGACAUGAUAAACAAGGAAAAUUGGCUGGAUGAUGAAUCCCGGAAUCAACUCGUUGAAGAUAUUGAGUCUUUACGGGUUAUCACGGGUUAUCCCGAGGUAUUGUUGGAUGACAAAAAAAUGGAAGAGUAUUUCCAAGGACUCGAACCUACGUCUGGUGAUUUCUUAAGGAGCGUACAUGCCGCUAUUGCAUUUCAAAGGAACAAAAUAUUCACUACAGCUUUAAAGCCGAGUGAUCAAACAAACUGGAUAGAUUUACUGCACAGAAAAAUCGACUUGGAUUCAACAGCUUUCACCUUGAUGCGCAUUAACGUAAUUGGUCUAGGUAUACCGGUUUUGGGAAAUUUAUAUUUUAGCACCAAUCGUCCGAGUUAUGCAAAUUAUGCUACUCUAGGGUCCACUGCUAGCCACGAAAUCGGCCAUAUUGUUGAUCACUCUAAGACGUUUUUGGAUAAUUAUGCUUUUGCGCACAAUCGGUGGAGUUCAUUUUCGGUAGAAAAGUUUGAAGAAAAAAGUAACUGUCUCAUUGAACAACUUGGGAACUUCACUUUCAGAGGAACUGAAAAAAAACUGAACGGCCAAUUUUUAAUAGCAGAAACUAUUGGUGACCAGAUUGGCAUAGAAGUCGCUUAUUCAGCAUAUCAAGAUUGGGUCAAAGUGCAUGGAACGGAACCAACAAUUCCUAACUUGCCUUAUAAUUCUAAUCAAUUGUUCUGGCUAUCGUACGCAAAUCAGUGGUGUGAAUCAAAUUGGAGAUUAGACAAAUCGAAUUUAAAUGAUCCACAUCCUCCAUAUGAUAAACGUGUUAACGUACCACUUUUAAAUACCCCUGAAUUUUCGAAAGAUUUCCAUUGUCCCCUAGGAUCAAAAAUGAAUCCUGUUAAAAAAUGUCAGAUAUUUGAAUAG